CUCACCCUACGCCGUUUGUGUACGUGUUGAGAACUUUAUGUGUUUUUAACAUGGUUUUUGCCCCACUUGGUUUUUCCGAGACCCUUGUUUCUCGUAGGCUCAGUUUUACUGUCUUAUCUGCAGUUGGCUAGUUCCUGUGGCAGAAGAGGCAACAUCUGCUUCCUAGGCCCUCUGGGCAGAAGUAUGCAGUGGUGUCUCCUCCUGAUCUGGGCCCAGGGGCUGAGGCAGGCUCCCCUCACCUCAGGAAUGAUGACAGGCGCCAUAGUAACAAUGGGGAACAUUUCUGCAGAGAAAAGUGGCUCUGUCAUCUUACAAUGUCACUUCUCCUCCACCACGGCACAAGUGACCCAGGUCAACUGGAAGCAGCAGGACCAGCUUCUAGCCAUUUGCGAUGCUGACUUGGGGUGGCACAUCUUCCCAGCCUUUAAGGAUCGAGUGGCCCCAGGCCCUGGCCUGGGCCUCACCCUCCAGUCGCUGACCAUGAACGAUACCGGGGAGUAUUUCUGCAUCUAUCACACCUACCCUGAUGGGACUUACACUGGGAGACUCUUCCUGGAGGUCCAAGAAAGCUCAGUGGCUGAGCACAGUGCCAGGUUCCAGGUUCUAUUGCUUGGAGCCACAGCCGCGACGUUGGUGGUCAUCUGCACAGCAGUCAUCGGGGUGGUCGUGUUGGCUGGAAAGAAGAAAUCUCUUAGAAUCCAUUCUGUGGAAAGCGGCCUCCGGAGGAAAUCAGCUGGACAGGAGGAACGGAGUCUCAGUGCUCCCUCAUCCCCAGAAAGCCGUGUCCAGGCAGAAGCUGCACCUGCUGGGCUCUGCGGAGAACAGGGGGGAGAUGGCUGUGCUGAGCUGCAUGACUACUUCAAUGUCCUAAGUUACAGAAGCCUGGAGAGCUUCUUCACAGAGAAUGGUUAGCAACCAGAGGCAUCUUCUGGAAGACAAACUUUUAUCUUUGCUAUUAUAGAUGAAUAUAUAAGUAGCCGUACUUUCCAUCAGUGCUCUGUGUGUUCAGUUGAGUGAAUAAAUGUCAUCCUCUUCU